AUGAAGUCUGCACCAUUACUCACCCUUUCCUUCUUCUUCCUCUUUGCCAUCACUACCAUCAACCUCACAUUAUCCUUCGCAGCCCCUUCUGAGAAAGUGGUAGACUCACAACAAAGUCCCGUUUCUUCUACUGCAAAAUACUUCAUUCUGCCAUUUUUCUCUGGCCCAGAAGGUGGUGGUGUAGCAUUAGGUCUUGCUGGCAACUCAACAUGCCCUGUUACUGUUCUACAGACUCCUGAUGAGUCUAACCAUGGCCAGGCAGUGACGUUCAGCCAACAAGGAACAAGCUCAGGUGCCAUCUUCACACAAAAAUCUUUGAAUAUUGCAUUCGUAGAUAAACCUUCGUGUGCUUCAUCUUCCAAAUGGGUGGUGGUUUCUGAUGAUUUCCCAGAGAAAUGGGUGGGAAUUGGUGGUGCUAGAGAUCAUCCAGGGAAGAAGAUAUUGACUGGAACGUUUAACAUUCAGAGAUUUGACGCGGGUUACAAGCUUGUGUUCUGUGCCAGCAGCAACACUUGUUUUAGCAUUGGGAGGCACAAUGAUGUGAAAGGAAGGCGUCUCGUGUUAAGCAAUAGACCCUUUCAGGUUUCGUUUAACAAGGAAUGA